AUUUUCAGAAACACGGGUAAAAUGGGAUGCUUUUGGGGGAAAAUGACUUACAGAUUUUUUUUCCGUAAGACAUUUUCCAAAAGCUCCCCCUUGGUCGCUCUUCAUACGUCCUGCAUAUUCCUUCUUCUUCAUCUGUCCAGGUACUUUCUCCUCCUAGUUCUUAUGUCUUAUUCUUUAAUAAAUAUUUCAUUUUUUUCCUUAGCUUUUCCAUAUCUUCUCUUCUUAGGGCUGCUUUUUUCAUUCCCCCUUUGUGCCGUUCUUCAUCUUCUUGCUUCUUCUUCGUCAAGAAUGGGUAAGGGCAACAAAGAAGGGACCUCCAAGCAAUUCAGGUGGACAAAACCGAUGGAACAUCUUUUUCUUGAAAUUCUAGCAGAGGAGGCUCAGAAAGGAAAUAAGCCUUCUAAUUCUUUCAAAGCAGUUUCUAUUAAUCGAGUUGCCAAAGCUAUUUCUGAAAGAUUUCAAGUCCAUUGCGAUGCGAAGCAUGUGGAAAAUCAUUUGAGGACUGUAAAAAACCAGUGGCAGAUUAUAUGCACAAUUCGGGGUGAAAGUGGUUUUGGAUGGGAUGAUAACUUGAAAAUGAUCACAUGUGAUAGAGCGACAUAUGAUGCAACAGUGAUGGUAAUAUAUGUAUAUAUAUAUUAA